UAUCGCUACAUCUCGUUCAAGGUGUUUGGGGUUUAGUUUAGAUAACAUAGAAAUUAAACAUAAAUUUCGGUUCGGGAACCAGAAAGCUUUUGGAAAGCUGCGCUCAACUAAUUUAUUUAAUGGAAGUUUAUUUUUAUCAAGAGUAUUUUUACAAAAUCUUCUUUCAUACAAAGUUCGUGUGGUCGUUUUUGUUGAAAAGGCCCGAGCCUUGAGAUUUUGUGAUUUAGCUUGUUAAUUCACUUCAAUUAUGGCACCUUCACUUCACUUGAACCCGAUUUUGGAAGACGAACAUGCAUUGGAAAAUAUAGAUGUGGUCGCAUCUUCGGGGAGUAUGAUAGUCAUCUCCAACAGGCUGCCAUUCGUCUUGCAAAGGAACAAAGAUGGACAACUCGUAAGGAAAGCUAGUGCUGGAGGCCUCGUAACAGCAGUCGCCCCAGUAGUUAUCAAUGGCAAUGGAUUUUGGGUAGGCUGGCCUGGUCUCCACCUGGAAAAUCCCGAUGAACCCAUGCCUGAAAGUGAUCCUGAUGAUAUAACGCCCACUGCCGGACUUAAAUCAAACAAGGUGAUACCAGUACAAAUAGAUCCAAAAGUGUUCGAUUCUUAUUACAAUGGCUGUUGUAACGCAACCUUCUGGCCUUUAUUCCACUCUAUGCCUGACAGGGCCAGCUUCAAAGGCGAACACUGGAAAAACUACGUGACGGCCAACAAGGAGUUUGCGGAAUGCACAUUAAAGGCCCUAAGACAACUACCGAAAAAUGCGGCAGACGUACCGUUAAUAUGGGUACACGAUUACCAUCUUAUGUUGGCUGCUAACUGGAUUAGACAGUUCUCCGAAGAUGAAAAUAUCCCAUGCAAGUUAGGAUUCUUCCUACACAUUCCUUUUCCACCAUGGGACAUUUUUAGACUAUUUCCCUGGUCCGACGAAAUCCUACAAGGAAUGUUGGCCUGCGACAUGGUCGGUUUCCACAUCACCGACUACUGUCUCAACUUCGUCGACUGUUGCCAAAGGAACCUGGGUUGCCGUGUGGACAGGAAAAAUCUACUGGUCGAACACGGCGGCCGAUCCGUCAGAGUCAGACCCUUGCCCAUCGGUAUACCCUUCGAGAGAUUUGUGGAGCUAGCCGAGAAAGCUCCGAAAGUUAUUUCGACCAACCAGAAAAUCGUUCUCGGCGUGGACAGGUUGGAUUACACCAAAGGUUUGGUGCAUAGACUCCUAGCCUUUGAAAAACUGUUGGAGAAGCAUCCGGAACACUUGGAAAAAGUGUCUUUACUUCAGGUCGCCGUACCCUCAAGAACUGAUGUUAAGGAGUACCAGGAAUUAAAGGAAGAAAUGGAUCAACUAGUCGGAAGGAUUAAUGGUAGAUUUACUACACCCAACUGGUCUCCAAUUAGAUAUAUUUAUGGCUGUAUUUCUCAGGACGAACUGGCUGCAUUCUACCGAGAUUCAGCGGUAGGUUUAGUAACUCCGCUCAGGGACGGCAUGAAUUUGGUUGCGAAAGAAUUCGUUGCCUGUCAAAUUAACAUACCGCCAGGUGUACUUAUAGUUUCCCCUUUUGCCGGUGCGGGCGAAACGAUGCACGAAGCGUUGAUUUGUAAUCCUUACGAAAUCGAUGACGCUUCCGAAGUGAUUCACCGAGCCUUAACAAUGCCCGAGGACGAAAGGAUUCUCCGGAUGAAUUAUCUCAGAAGGAGAGAGAAACUAAACGAUGUAAAUUACUGGACGAAGAGCUUCCUAAGUGCGAUGGGUUCGUUACAAACGCAAGAAGAUUACGAUGACAUAGGUUCGGUAGCUAUGCCAGCCGUUACGCUUGAUGAUUUUGAUGAAUAUUUGGCUAAGUAUAUUGGAAACACACUUAAAUUAGCUUUGCUGUUAGAUUAUGACGGUACUUUAGCACCUAUAGCUCCGCAUCCCGAUCUAGCCAUUAUUCCGAGUGAAACAAAGAAGGUGUUGGAGAGGCUUUCCAAUUUGUCCGAUGUGUACAUUGCUAUUGUGAGCGGACGGAAUGUUGAUAAUGUGAAGGAAAUGGUUGGAAUAGAAGGCAUCACGUACGCGGGUAAUCACGGUCUCGAAAUUUUACAUCCAGAUGGAACUAGAUUCGUUCAUCCCAUGCCCACUGAAUUUCAUACAAAAGUGGCUGAAUUGAUGAGGCAGUUACAAGAAACGGUUUGCAGGGACGGCGCCUGGGUCGAAAACAAAGGGGCCCUUCUUACUUUCCACUUUAGGGAAACUCCCCAUCACCUAAGGGCUAAUCUAGAAGAACAAGCUCGAAAAAUGAUUGAAGAUGCCGGCUUUACAGUGGGUAAAGCGCAUUGUGCCAUAGAGGCAAAACCGCCCGUGCAGUGGAACAAAGGAAGGGCGUCCAUUUACAUUUUAAGAACUGCCUUCGGAGUCGACUGGAGCGAAAGGAUUAGAAUUAUUUAUGUUGGAGAUGAUGCUACUGAUGAAGAUGCAAUGACGGCAUUAAAGGGUAUGGCAGCCACUUUCAGGGUUACCUCGUCUCACAUCAUCAAAACCUCGGCCGAACGCCGUCUCCCCUCUACUGAUUCAGUACUUACGAUGUUGAGAUGGGUGGAAAGGCACCUAAGUAGGAGGAAACCAUCUUUAGAUCCAAAUAGUUACAGAAGAAAUUCUCUAGCCAAAGCAGCUUCCUCGGCAGUUCAAAUAGAAAUGUCUAUGCAUGUUCCAUCAGCAUCCAACAGUCCUCCAUCACCAACAAAGUCCAGUAAAACGUUGGUUCCCCCACCCGAAUCAAAUAACAUUUCCCAUUAGGUAUUAAGUGUUUUUUUUGUGAUAUACUAGAUAUUUUAGUAAGUAAUAUUAUUUCGAUUAUACAAAAAACAUAUUUGAUGGACUGCAUAUAAUCUAAUGUUAUUGGAAUGUGUAUAUCAAUAAACCAGUAUUGACACAC